AUGUCCUCUGAUCCGCAUCAAUCGGUCAUCACCUGGCUGUGUCUCCGCACACCAUCAUUAACCAUCAUUGGCAUUUGCACCUCUCGCAGUACCCGUUCAGAUACUAUUGAAAAGCAAAGCCGCAAAGACACACGCAGAUCUCUCAAGCCCCGGCUAGCGCUUCACAUCAUGAUAUUCUCUGGUCUAGUGCGUUCAAUAAGCAAGGAGAACCAGUUACCACCAAACGCCCCAUCGUCGCCUGUCCCUGAGCUUCUGAGCAGCAACAUACCACCAACGGAAACGCAGGUUGAAAGCAUCACUCAGGCCAUAACAGAUGCAGCGGAUGUCUUGUCCUCCUUUAACCGCCACUUGAAACGGUCGUCGAUGGUACUACUACGAAACCGGGCAUACCUCAUUCAGCGACAGGCGGCUUUGGAAGAGUUUAUCUCUUCGCACCGCGGGAUACUAUCGAUGGUGCGAACAUUACCGCAGGAAAUCUGGAUUGAAGUACUCCGGAACUUUGUCCCCGACCCUAUGGAUGUGUCCAACCCCGUCCUGUCGCGACAUUUCAUUCCCCGUCAGAACCACGUCGAUUGGGGGGCCAUCGGCAACUAUCGUUUGGUGUGUAGGAGUUGGAACGCCGCCAUACUCUCGCUACCAGACCUAUACGGCUUCCUACCUCCCAUCUCACUCGCUAAACUGGGCCUCAUUUCAGAUCCCCGGCGGGAGACGUAUUUGGAGCAGCUGAAGCUUCAUAUCAGCAGAUCCAAAGACUCGCCUCUUCGCAUCUGCUUCGGCCCGCCAUCUAGGUACUUGGAUGAACCUGUAUUCCAGGUACUCGCGGAUCUGUCGCACCGGUGGCAAGAGGUUUAUCUUUUCGGAACACAAGAUGCGCCGGUGCUCGAGUACUUCAAACGAGUGAAGCACCGGUUACCCCUCCUCACCAACGUCACCUUCGCCAAAUGGUCAUGGCGCCAUGAAGCCGGGACAGCACAGGGCGCGUAUGAGGAUUUGCCAUGGGAGAACUUACAAGUAUACCGGGAGACCGCGGAGGGUAGGGAUAAUAUCAUCCAGCACGUUCUCCAUCGCCUUGUGAAGUUGGAACACAUGCAGGUGGAGCAUUCGGGAUGUAUGCCUAUCGGCUCCCCUAUGGUUACACUUGCACACCUGAGAACAUUCUAUGCCGACACCGGUCCCAAAGUCGUCGAGAACAGUGGGGACUACAUCCUCCACAAACUCGUUUUACCCUCGCUUCAAAAUCUUCAGGUCAGAGGAGGAACUGAAGUGCUCGCGGAUGUGUUUGAUCUCGUCACACAGUCUGGUUGUGGCCCCAGCCUCCUCCGACUGGCGUUACGGACACAUGGUUUUUACUUCAAGAUGGCGUGCCUUGAGAGACUGCACCCACUCCUUCGCCUCACACACAACUUGGUCGAACUCGACACUGACUGGGAGGCCUUCUUCUCGAUCAAAGAUCUCAUCAUCUAUGACAUUGACCGGCGCAUCCUCCCCCAAUUACAUCGACUCGUCGUGCGCGCGAAAUAUGUACAGGGUGGCGACGGCGGACUCAACUGCGGAGACAUGGCGCAUGCAAUACACGAAAGGUACCGUUUUAGGGCGCAGGAAGGUCUCCACGAGUUCCAAUUCCUACUCGUGCACGAAUCUUGGGAGAUGUGUUCGGAACGGUAUGCAGUCUUGGAGAGCCUCUCCGAGACAUCGGCGCAUCGCGCUUACCUCCACCUUCAUCUCGACCGACUAUGCCGCACGUUGGCGGAGGUGUUGGUUCAUGCGCUCGAGACUGGAGAGAAAAGGGCGUCGGACAACCUGGAUGCUUGGAGUCGCUAUCGGCGCACUUGCAAUCUCUCCUUUAAUAGGACGAGGUACGGCCAGCUUUUACAAGCUCUGGAGGAGCUUGAGAAUAUAAGAACUAGAGAUCCGUUGUGUCUUUAUAUUUCUGGAAUACCCGUGUUACUUCGGAAAUUGGUCGAGAUGCCGUUUACAGAGCUCCAGCGGUUGUUUAUGGGUAGAGGACAUGAACUCCGCGAGAGGGCUAGGGGGAUUAUGCAAUCUUGGGAUAAACUCUUCGUCAAAUUGCGUAUAGAGAAGAGACGGUGGAUGUUUUUAGGCCAGAAUUCGCUACUGUAUGUUCCACCUUGGAGCGUGCUGAGGAGUCGUCCGGACGCGACGAAGAAGUUCGCGUAUGGGGUUGAGGAGUCGUUGCGGGGUGUGGAUUUGUUAUGGGAUAGAACCUAG